GAGCUUCGUGUCUGUAACGGUGACGUGUCUCUUUCCUCCUUCUCCCGGUGGCUCAGUCACUCAUUGAGAUUCACUCCGAGCUGAUUUUCUCUGGGGAAAAAAAGGAUAUACGUCUAUUGUUAAGACAUCAUGGGCAUUAAAUUCUUGGAGGUGAUAAAGCCGUUCUGUGCAGUGCUGCCAGAGAUCCAAAAGCCUGAGAGAAAGAUCCAGUUCAGAGAAAAGAUGCUAUGGACUGCAAUAACUCUCUUCAUCUUUCUUGUGUGUUGCCAGAUUCCCCUCUUUGGCAUAAUGUCGUCGGACUCUGCAGAUCCAUUCUACUGGAUGAGAGUCAUUAUGGCUUCAAAUAGAGGUACUCUGAUGGAGUUGGGUAUCUCGCCUAUAGUCACCUCAGGCCUGAUAAUGCAGCUGCUGGCUGGAGCUAAGCUCAUUGAAGUUGGAGACACCCCAAAGGACAGAGCCCUCUUUAAUGGAGCUCAGAAAUUGUUUGGGAUGAUCAUCACCAUCGGCCAGGCCAUUGUUUAUGUGAUGACUGGCAUGUAUGGAGAUCCAUCAGAGAUGGGUGCAGGGAUCUGUCUGCUCAUUAUCAUUCAGCUGUUUGUAGCAGGGAUGAUUGUGCUGCUCCUGGAUGAAUUGCUCCAGAAGGGCUAUGGUCUCGGUUCAGGAAUCUCCCUGUUCAUUGCCACCAACAUCUGUGAGACCAUUGUCUGGAAGGCCUUUAGUCCCACCACUGUGAACACAGGAAGAGGCACAGAAUUUGAGGGAGCAGUCAUUGCUCUUUUUCACCUGCUCGCCACAAGGACCGACAAAGUGCGGGCUCUAAGGGAGGCCUUCUACAGGCAGAACCUCCCCAACCUCAUGAACCUCAUUGCCACAGUGUUUGUCUUUGCUGUAGUUAUAUACUUUCAGGGAUUCAGAGUGGAUCUGCCCAUCAAAUCAGCUCGCUACCGUGGCCAGUAUAACACAUACCCCAUCAAGCUUUUCUAUACCUCCAACAUUCCCAUCAUCUUGCAGUCUGCUUUGGUCUCCAACCUGUAUGUUAUCUCCCAGAUGCUUUCCACACGCUUCAGUGGGAAUUUCCUGGUUAAUCUCCUUGGAACAUGGUCUGACACAUCAACAGGUGGACCAGCCCGUGCCUAUCCAGUCGGAGGACUUUGCUACUACUUCUCUCCACCGGAGUCUUUUACUUCUGUUCUCGACGACCCGGUCCACGCAGUCAUUUACAUCUUUUUCAUGCUCGGCUCAUGUGCCUUUUUCUCCAAAACCUGGAUUGAAGUUUCAGGCUCUUCUGCAAAAGAUGUAGCAAAGCAACUGAAGGAGCAGCAGAUGGUGAUGAGAGGCCACAGAGAAACCUCAAUGGUUCAUGAACUAAACAGGUACAUUCCAACCGCUGCUGCCUUUGGUGGACUUUGCAUCGGUGGUUUAUCGGUGAUGGCAGAUUUCCUUGGUGCCAUUGGCUCUGGCACCGGUAUCCUGCUGGCUGUCACAAUCAUCUAUCAGUACUUUGAAAUCUUUGUGAAAGAACAAAGUGAAGUAGGCAGCAUGUCAGCCAUGUUCUUCUGAAAAAGCUGUGAUCCUGCCAUCUUCUGCCAGCUUUUAUUAGGCUCUUCUGUGUUGCUGUUGUUUUUUUUUUUUUUAUAUUCAUGAACUGUAUCAGCUCAGGUGUUUAAAGACAUUUGAGGAACUUUCAGGAAUAUCAGCCGAAAUGGGAUGAUGUGGGGAAACUACAUGCUGACUUUCACACCAUUUACUCGCUCCUCAGAAGUCCCAGAGGGAUGAAGAGGACACCAUUUCAUCAGAACAUCAUCAGAUCUCCAGAUUAAAACCAAGAUUUUCUGAAAGGCUUCUGGCAGAAGUCUCUUUUAUUUUAUUUUAUUUUUUUAUCUUUGUUUUCCCCGAGACUGAGGAGUGAACGCUUCAGUAUGCAGGCAUACUUGAUGAGGAGGAUGGCAGUCAGCUGCCUGCUGUGUGCUUCGUGAUGUUUUAGGUUAAACCUUUACUGUCAGCUGAGUUAUUUUUAAUUUAACCUGCUGAUCAGGUUAAGGUGUGGACCAGAAGCUGGUGCGUCAAAUGCUGAGUCGAGUACUGUAAAUGUUCCUUUGUGUGACCUCGAGUUAGAGCUGAGGCCUCAGAGCUCACAUUGGGUUCCAGCCUCAGGAGGAGUGCUUUAACCUAAGGGUUGGUUCUUGUUCUAAUGUGUGGCAUUCCCAGGGAUACGCAGUAUUAACUCACACCUCAUACAUUCCUGUUAGCCACACCUGGGGAUUUUUUUUGUUUUGUUUUUAAAAUGUUCCCCACUUCCCAUAGCUUUUUCAGACAAACGUUAUGUUUCUGUACAUAGACCACACAUUGAAUAAUGUUGAAUCUGUCUUAAGUGUAAGAUAAAGUCUUUGAAUAUGUAAAAAAAAAAAAAACACAUUUCAGAACAAACUUGUUUAAAAAAUCCUUCUGAAUAAAAGAGACUUUUGUGAAAAAGUAUUUUUCAAUUUUAA